CGGAAGUAAAAUUACUGUAAUGAGAUUGCUUAAAUAAUUAUACAUGCAUUGCACAAAUAUAGAAUUUAUUUAAAGCAACUCUCUGACAGAACAUAUUUUACAUUUUAUAUACUGAUUAUAGACAGUCAAACUACCGGGUUGGACCAUAAACUAUAUCUAUAGACUGUUGAAUAUAAGAUUCAACCAAAUUCAACUGAUAAAGCGGGAUUUGAUUCAAAUUUGAAUCAAAUCCUGCUUUGCUUAGACUGGGUUCGGGGAGCACGCUUUUAGCGCUAUGAGCGUGCUCCAUCUUUGUUAUUUAUUGAAGUUGAACAAGGAUAGAGCACGCUAUAGCGCUAAAAGCAUGCUCCCCGAACCCAGCCUUAGUAGGGUUUGAGUCUCGGCUAAGUGAGGUUCGAGUCUUCGCUAAAUAGAGUUCGAAUUUCGAAUUCGACACCCUAAGUUUGAGGUUAGUUCAAGCAGAUUGCAUUUUGGCUGACAAAUUGAGUACUAACCUUGAAAUAUUUUUUUAACUGAGUAAUUUUGGAUAUAAACAAUUUUCUCGGUUAUUCAAUGUACAAUAUUUGAAUUAUUAUAAUUAUUAAAUUUUAAGAAAUUGAUCUUAUUAAGUAUGAACAGUAAAAAAAAUUAGCUACACUAAUGGCUAUGAGAAAAAGAAGUGGCUCUGGUGCCAAACGUCAACACAAAUGCAAGUUAGUACCAAUCUACGAGAGUUUCUUCAAAGGUGAAGAUUUAACUCUAGCUCAUCCAAAUUUUUGGAAUGAGCUGUUUCUUAUUAAACCUAUGGUACCUCAUAUAGAGAAUGAAAUUUUGCAUAUGACAUCAGAACAAUUAAAUGCUAGCAAAGAAAAUUUGAAUGCAUUAGUAUGCCAUUGUGUUGAUACUUUAGUUGACGAACAUCCAUUUAGGAUAGUAUAUGCAUUGCAAACUUUAGCAGCAGUUAUCCAAUCCAUGUAUAAAAAAGCUAACCAAGGAGACUAUGGAUUUAAUUUAAUAGAUAUUCUAGUAGGCUUUGACUCUGCAGAGCAGAGGAUGACAACAUUAAUGCAACAUUGUAAUAAUUUUUUGACAGGUGAAUAUCCUGAUAGUUUGAAAGCUUUGUGCCUGAAAUUAUUGUUAAUAAUAGUUACUGGUAUGGACAAUAUCAGCCAAAAUACCUUAUUGGAAUAUGUGAUGCUAAAUAGUGUUUUUGAGUCACUAAUUCAAUUAUUGAGAGAUACAGCUACUAGGAAUCGCCAUGGUCAUGAUGUGGUUUUAUUAUUAACACUUCUAGUCAACUACAGAAAAUAUGAAAGUGCAAAUCCAUAUAUCGUUAAAUUGUCAAUUUUGGAUGAUGAAUUAGCCCUCAAUGGAUACGGGCAAGCUAUAUCAAGUUCAUUAACAGAAUUUUGUCGACAAUUCGCUCAACAAAGAGCAGAGAUACAAGCCUCUUGGUUAUCUUCUUUGACUAGUAUAGUUGGUAGCAUGUUUGUUGGAGAAGAGGAAGCGAAAACGCAACAAGUUCGCGCGAAUAAUGCUUUACUUUUAGCUUUGUACGAAGCUACACACUUAAAUCGUAAUUUUGUAACUACUCUGGCCUAUACGCAAAGCGAUACCAGUGCACCUCCAUCACCGAAUAAUACUUUGGGUCCGAAUGCGGUAGCUCCUGGCGCUUCGCCACCUGAUGUAACAUCUCAACCGUUCAAUUUAUUAGCAACUUUUCUGCAAUACUGUUCAAUAGUUAUGCAGGUUAUUAGAACAGAGGCUAUAAUGAAUAAUGUGAAAUUAUGUUUCUUGAUACUAAGUUGUAUCGCGGAGGAUCAAUACGCGAACAGUUUAAUGCAUGAUGCGAACCUGGCGUUCAGAGUUCAGUUACAUAGAGUACCUAUGCAUCAUAGAAAAUUACAAGAUAAAGCAGCACCUGCUCAACCACUUGCAGCCACAUUACUCGAUUUGCUCGUUGAAUUUAUAACAUCACAUAUGAUGAAGAAAUUUCCACUUGAGUUAUAUCACCAUUGUAUCGGCGUUCUACAAAGACUGCUGUGUUACCAAAAAAGAUGUCGUGUCAGACUUGGUUAUCAGUGGCGAGAUCUUUGGACUGCAUUAAUUAAUUUACUGAAAUUCUUAACAACACAUGAGAGCCAUCUCAUUAAGAAAAUGAACAUAUUUCCUUUAGCUAUUCAGGUGGUAAACAUUUUAAACUUUUUUAUUACAUACGCUGAUACAUUCCUAUCAUCACCCAAUAGUUAUGAUGAAUUAUUUUAUGAAAUUAUUCGUAUGAGGCUUAUCUUUACCAAUUUAAAUGCUAUGGCACUGAGAUAUUCGACUAGUGAAUCGUACGAGUAUAAAGAACAUGCGCUUAAAUUAACAAAUUCUCUUGUGAAUGUGAGAGAUAUAGUAAAUCAUUUUCCUCCAAAGAUAGCCGCAUGGCUAGCAAAAGAGAGUUUGUCAACACCAACAGAACAACAAAUUCUAGCUAUCAUAAUACAGAAUUAUGAUAGUCUUGCUUUAAAACUACAAGAUAACCUGGAUCAGUAUGAGAGAUACUCAGAAAAGCCUAAUCAUACUGCAUUUUUUGAGGAAAUGGUAACUGGAGUGAUAGUAGAUACACGGGCUUCGAUAGAUCUUAAUUCUUUAGAUACGCAAACUAUAUUAGAAGAGCUUUCAAAUAUUUCAUAAUAUAAGAGUAUGUAUAUUGUAAUAUAUAUUUUCAACAUUAUA